AUGUCUCACUUCUUAGACAGCGUUUCCAUCAUCAUUAGCACUUUUUGCAAACAUGCAAAGCAAGAUGGAGACCAGUCCAAACUCAGUCGACGGAGGAUGAAAGAGUUCAUCCAGAAGGAGUUUGCAGAUGCCAUAGCGAACCCACAUGACCCUCAGACGAUUGACAAGAUUCUGCAGUUUCUGGAGUGGGAUGGGGAUGGGGAAAUAGAUUUUAAUGAGUUCCUGCUUUUGGUAUUCAGAGUGGCUAAGGCCUGCUACUGGUACCUGCAGAAGGGACCAUGCCUUCUGCAAAAAACAAAGCUGGUAACCAGUGGCAAGACACUGCAAGAGCCUGAAAUUAAGAACAGAGGAAGCCGUCGGCAGCUGCAGGAAGAGGAACCACGAACCCAUGAGACCAAUCACCAUCCCCCCUGCGAACCUGAGCCGCAGCGAGACACCAGGAUCCAGGAGCUUGAAACACUAGAGGAAACGGACAGUCAUCAUCAGCAACGAACCACACAAAGCAGAGACGAUGCAAAACGAAGCACAAGGACAAGAGAGCUGAUCCCUCGGGUACAUGAAGAGAGGAGCCAAGAGCCAUGCGACCAACAUAACAGCCAGAGAAGACGUCAGCCACCUGAGCAGGACAGGCUAGAAGAUUUACAACACCACAAGUGCGGCAGCUUGAAGGAACGUCAGCUUGGACCACAGGCGGAUGAGAGACAAAACCAAGAGGGGCCACAACCAGAACAACUGGCAGACGUGAAGAGUCACAGACAUCCCUGUGAACCAAAACCACUGCCAGACCAGUGGAGUGGCCACCAGCCACGUGAGCCAGCACUACCAGCAUAUGAUCAAAGAAACCAUCAGCCACAACACCAACAAGCAGUGGAAAAUGGAGGAAGAAGUCGCUGGCCACAUGAACCAGAAGAAGCAGAUAGGGGAAGUCACAAAUGGCCACGUAAGCACGAAUUACUCACAGAUGAGAGAAGCCGCUACCACCUACGUGAGCAGGAACAAAAAGCACUUGAACAAAGCAGCCACCAGCCAUGUGAGCCUGAAUGCCUGGAUUCAGAAAGGCCCCAUCAGUCAUAUAUCCAGGAACCGCUAGAACUGGACAACAGAUACUUUGAGAAAUGUGAGCAAAAAGAAACUGUCUAUGAAGAAGAACAGAAACAAGAAGAUGAGAUUGAAUACAGAGAAACUCAGAGACGCAGCUAUCAGGUGCAAAAGUGUGAAGAACAAGAUGAUGCAAAGAGAAAGGAUCAGCCAAAGACACACCCAAGAGAAGAAUAUGAAACAGAACGUAGUCUGCCACGAAAACAUGAAAGAGAUGGAAUGAGAAACCGUGAAGCCGUGAGGUACGAAAGGACGCGGGAGACCACCGAGGUCUCCGCAGAAGCAGACGUGAAGGUCCACCGCGUGUCCCGGGAACUGCAGCCUCGUGACGAGGGAGAACGGAGGGACCGCUCCCGGGAGUGCGAGGAACCAGAGGACGAGACGAGGAUUUGCCGCGCACGAGACAGCGAAGAGCCCGUGGUGCGCGAGAGGAGGCUCGAGCGCCAACGGGACCUGGAGGUGGAGGUCCACGAGCGCCGAAGCUGCCUCACUCGCGAGAGGGAAGAGCGAGGCGCCCCCAGAGAAGAGCGCGAGGCCCACGAUGGUCGUGACUGUCGCGCCCGGGAGCCCGAAGACGAUGCCAGGAGACGCCGUGAAGCCGUGAGGUACGAAAGGACACGGGAGACCACCGAGGUCUCCGCAGAAGCGGACGUGAAGGUCCACCGCGUGUCCCGGGAACUGCAGCCUCGUGACGAGGGAGAACGGAGGGACCGCUCCCGGGAGUGCGAGGAACCAGAGGACGAGACGAGGCUUUGCUGUGCACGAGACAGCGAAGAGCCCGUG